AUGGUAAUUAAACAUCUCAUCGAUCAAUUGUAUAACGAUUGGAAAUUUUUGAAAAACCCGCAAGAAUGCGAAAUUAUGAAAAUGUAUGCAGCAAAAGCAAAAUCGUUUUCUUUGAUUUAUUCUAUAUUCUUUCUCACAUGUUGUCCGUUGUAUCCAUUUACGACCCUCAUACCAAAGAUAUUAGACAUCGUCAUACCCUUAAACAAAUCCCGACCUAUAAUCAUGCCUUAUCCAGCUCACUAUUUCGUUUAUGACGACACAGAAUAUUUCUACUACAUUUUAUUCCACGCUGCCAUUUUUGUUACACUGAUUUUAACGGCUCAAAUCGCGCACGACUGCGUAAUUUUGACUUUCAUUGAACAUGUCUGCGGCGUCUUUGCCGUUGCUGGAUUUCGUUUUGAAAACUUGGUAUACAACCAUAAUGGAAAAAAAAUGAGACGGAUUAAUAUACAAUCAAAAAUGGCUUCAUCCGUUUGUGCACACUGGCGUGCUUUAGAAUUCGCUGAGUUUCUCGAAAGUACCUUCUCUGUAACUUUAAUUAUACAGUUAUUAACAAUUGUCAUCGGAAUGAGUGUUACCUUGCUGCAAAUGGCAAUGCAAUUAGAAAAUAUUGUUGAAGCAUCAAGAAACGCAGCAUUUAUUUUGGCCCAAUUGAUUCAUAUAUUCUGCUUCAGUUUGCAAGGACAAAAAUUGAUAGAUCACAGUUUAAAAAUACACGACAAAAUAUAUAACUGUUUCUGGUAUAAAAUGCCAGUGAAAUCGCAAAGGCUACUUCUGAAUGUGAUGAGAAGAAGCCUGCAGCCGAAUAUGUUGAGUGCCGGAGGGAUGUAUAUCUUUUCAUUAAAAAGCUUCAUGACGGUUUUACAAUCUUCGAUGUCAUAUUUUAUGGUUCUCGCAUCCUUUCAGUAA